AUGAGUAAUAAUUUGGAUCAUGAUAGAUCAGUUGCUGGAAAAAUGCAUCCAAUAGAUUUAGCAACACAAAAGAUUACUAUAGUUAAAAACGUUACAAAUUCUGAAGUGAAAAUGACACAUUUGGUGCCAGGCCAGACUAAAACUACCGGUCCCAGUCAAAUAAUAGCUCAUGCUAGUCCCGGAGGAGGCUUGAUGCGUCCAGGGCUUGCGCAAAUCAUAUCUUCCAAUGUUGCCUCCCAACCUCAGAUGAUAAUAAGUGGAUCACCAAUCUUGCAGGGAGCUCAGAUUGUUAGCCAAGGUUCUCAGAUAAUUGGUCAGAACACUCAAAUAAUGGCGCAGUCACAGUUGAUUACUCCAAGUGGACCAAUCAUUAGUCCUGGCACACAAAUCAUAAGUCAAGGCACACAGUUGUCUGCGCAAGUGUCUAAUUCUAGUAAUACGGGAUCAUCCAAUGUCCAGUCAAGUGUGAGUUCUUCUGUGAGUGGCACUCAAGUGUUAAAUGUUGGUGGACAACUUGUAAGUGGAACUGGAAACCUGUUGGUGAAUUCAUCUGUACGCACACUUCCACCAACAGUCAGAGUACUACCCCCAUUACCUCACCAUGGUUCUAAAUUACCAGCUGUACUCUCAAAUGUAAAUGUAAGCAGUACCAGUGGGGUGUUAGUGAGUAAAGGAGUUGGGGUAGGUGUGACAAGUCAUGUGCCAAGAGGUUUAGCAGCCGGUGCUUCCCUUGCGGUCCGGCCAGUGGUCCCUGCAGCAAAUUCCCAGUCAACCAGUUCUCAAGGGAGCACUUGGUCUGGAGGGACACGUGGACCUCGAAGUACAUUAGUUUAUGGACAACGAAAUGCACGUCCUUCUACACCCUCGAUUUCAUCAACUCUGUCAGCUCAACCAUCCCAUUCUUCCAUUGUCACGUUACCUUCAACUUCAGUCCUUACAUCAAGCGGAGUAAUAUCUGGUGCAGCUCGGAAUGUACCACCGCGUGCCGCUACUCCGACACCAGCCGGUUCCACACCACGUCCACUACCACUUCUGCAGAGAAACUACCAACCUGCUAAGGUAGUGGGCGUAGCAAGCGUUGGCGUACGUGGAGUAGUGGGCAACAGUGCUCCAACACAGCUGUACUAUGAGGUGCCAAGAGGAGGCACAAUGGGUGCACACUCAACCCCUCCACCCGCACACCCGCCUCACCACGCGCCUGUUGCGCAACACGCGCCUGUAGCACAGCACGCACCGAUUGUCAAUGUGCCACAACACACACCCGUAACACCUGUAGCGCAACACGUGCCUCUUUCGUCUGUAACGCAGCACCAGACGUUGCCACGCACUCUCGCCCCUUAUAUACAUCAGCAACCGUCUCAGCCGCAGCCGAGCCAGUCACAAGUGACCAUCGUGAACACGGUUUCGGCAUCAGGGGACACUCGUCUCCCACCCACAUCAAUAUCUACUCAUCCAGUCCUGCCCAGACCGUCCAUACUUAGAAAGCGAGAACUAGAUGGGUCACCGUCCAAAUUGACUGGAGGGUACGUCCGACCCGAGAGUACAGGCUGGGAGGACGUGCCGACGGGGCAUUGUGGUGCGGGUUCGGGCUCCACAACGAUCAGCGCAGCGUCUUCGCUCCCGCCCGACGACGAGCCUGACCCGCCGAGGCACCAUCCCGAUUUAUCACCUAGGAAAAAGCCUAGGAAGCAAAUAUUAACAAACGAAGUAAGGCAGUGCGAUUUUCAAGGAGAAGAACCGCCGCCCACGCCUCCCCCCGUCACGUUCAAUCCUCCUCCGAAACGUCCCCUGCUGAGCUCGAGCUACGUGUGCGGCUGGCGCAGCACGGCGCUGCACUUCACGCGGCCGGCCGACGUGCGGCGGCGCGAGCCGCGCGCGCGCGACAUCGUCGCCAUCGCCAGCCAGAAGCACGUGCUCACUAGCGCCGAGGGCUGGAAGGUCCAUCACCUCACCGCCCAGAUGGACGAUUUGAUGUCACUGGAGUCCGACGUCGGUGAGCAGCUAGCGGGACUGCUGCGAGCGCUUGACACAGCACCUGGACGCGCUUAUGCCGCUAUACAACCACACUCGCAUACUCUGCUAGAACUACUCAAGGGUAAUAUACAAAGGAGUAAAAUCGUAUGUGAAGGUAUUCAAGAAGCUCGGGAGGACAUUCUUCGGGUCUUUACGCACAGAACAUUCGUCUCUGAUAUUUUGACACGACAAGCAGACAAGCGAUGUUUCAGAAAGCAUCGGUCACAAUCAUAG